AUGGAUCUAGGAAAUUUGCGACAUUAUCAGAUGUCUUUCAAGCGACGCAUCCCCUCGAAUCAUGCUAAUUUCCCCCCUGGCACUCGAAUCUCUCCAUCGUCCCCAUCGACGGUAUUGAUUUCGACCGGAAUACCGUCCCUCGAUGAUGUUCUGGGCGGUGGUUUGCCCUUGUCGUGUUCGCUAGCUCUCCUAGCACCUGAUAAUCAUUCCGCGUAUGGUGAGCUGGUUCAAAAGUACUUUGUCUCCCAAGGCAUUGCAUGCGGUCAACAAGUGUGCAUAGUCGACGAUGAUGGUUUGCUUCUCGCAAGGGGGUGUAUGUGGACGUCUGUGGGAUCUUCGGCUUCAUCGCCUCCUGUUAAUCACGACGAAGAUGACGGAAAGUCUGCUCAGAGCGACGAACGGAUAAAGAUCGCAUGGCGGUAUGAAAAAAUGAAGAUGUUUCAGACCACUGUGCCCUCGUGUAACUUAUCGAAGGACGACUACUGUCACACAUUCGACCUUUCAUCCCGUAUACCUGAAUCAGUGGUACAGGAUGCCUGCGAUACUAAUCGUCUCGUCAUCCUGGGCGUACAUGCGGACCAUGAGGUCAAGGUGUCGAUGACGGGACUUCUCGGAAAAAUUCAAGACAAUCUGAGCAUUUCCUCGGAGACAGGACUUAUGCGAUUAUGUAUCCCUACCCUAGGUUCUGUGCAAUGGGGCGACGUAGAACCCGCGGAUGUUUUGUACUUCCUCUAUUCAUUACGCCGGCUUCUGCGCCAAUAUCCCCAUGCAUGUGCCAGUGUCGGUCUUGCACCGCACAUCUGCUCGGAAGCUUGGGGUGGGCAUGGCUGGAUUCACAAGGUUGGAUGGCUUACGGACGCAGCUAUCUCGAUGAGUGGUUUUGGUGGUUCGUGCAGGUCUGGUGGAGAUUGCGGACAUUGGAUUUACAGACAUCUUGCAGCCAAUCCAUCCCUUGUUGGGCUUUUCCCAUCCCACCAUGGUCUAGUCCAAAUUCACAAGUUGCCUGCGCCACAUACGAUCUUACCUGCCAGCGAUAAGUACUCGACAUUGCGAGGGUUGUCUUCCUCUGCAGGAGCAAAUGCUGGGAGUGGAGAAAAUAACCUUGCGUUCAGGUGCACGCGGAAACGACUUAUCCUCGAAACGAUUCACCUGGAUGUGGAGGGGGGGGUCACAGAGAGGCGUACCACCCUGUCUACCAAUACGACCAGUCUGGAUACGGGUCUUAUAAACGAAGUGAUUGAUGAACACACAAGCAACAAGGGUCGUUCACGCGCGGCACUGGAGGUGGAGUUCGAAAAGGCUGUUUCGGUGACAGCUGACCCACUGGGCUCUCAACCUCUGGCAUCGUCCCAAUCAGCAGCCCUUGAUGCUACGACUACUACCCCAAAGGUGAAAAAGCCCAAGAAGAAAGUUGCCUUUCACUCCGAUAGACCGGAUCUGUACGAUUUUUAG